GGAAUAAUGGCCGUUGUCAAUCCAACAUAAAACGCAACCCAAUCUCGAGCCCUUGUGAACCAGUUUCUCUUCCCUGCCUUUUUUUUUAUACGGCUUCGCAACCGAACGAGAAAGGCUCUCGGGGAUGGGCCGGUUCGGUGAUCGUGCUCGCCUACUGCUGUUUGGUUUGUGACGUCACCGACGGAGCCGUUGUAAACGAUCCGAACGAAUCAAAUCCUAACGGCCGGCGAAUGAUGGUGGUAGUAGGCAGGGAGGGAGAGAAACAUACGCAUACUGCUACGCCACGAGCCAUUGCGUUAAUACACAACAAUCUUGAUCAAAUUCACUCGCGUAACGCGUAACGCUUCGAGAUUUCGGUUUAAAAAAACAACAACAGCAGACACAACGCUUGAUAAAAUAAAGAUGAAUAAAUUAACGUGCAUUUGCAAUUCCAACGCAAACGUCAAGACAUAUUAAAUGAUUCAAACAUAUAAUUUAAAAGCUGGUAGUAUUUCAUCUUUGCUCUUUGCUUUCGUAGAUCGUACACACACAGCACCUUUACUUAUCAUACAUACAGCACGUCUUUUGCACUUGCCCCCCUUUUUGAAUAACAGACUGACUCCGUUGGUGUUCCGUACCCGCUGUGUUGGAACGUAAUUGGAUACACCCCAGGGCGCUUCACUUACUCAAACUUGGAAUAGGGAGGGAGAGAGAGAGAGAGAGAAUAAACCUUCUUCCCGCCAAAAAACACACACAAAAUCCCCUUCAUAGAUGCUGCUACUGGUGCUUGUGACACAAUUUCCUCCCUGUGACCCCUUCAAUUAUUGCCGGUCAGGAAGAAACGAUGACUUCCCUCUUGUAUUGACCUUUUUUUUAAAGCAACUAAAUCCACCGACGACCUUCAUUGGCACAUUGGCACCGAGGAACUGGAGCGAAAAGAGAGGACAGUUUAAAGUAAUGCCCCGGCCGGGUGAUCUCCCUUCCGAAGGGCAGAGACAGUUGCUGACUAAUCACAACACCAUGAUCUCUCUGUGUAUGUGUGUGUGUGCUCGCGGAUCGGAUGUCCGGGUGAGCGGACGAGGGAGUACGCGCCAGAAUGUAUCCGCUCACCCUCGCGCACACGCGGUACACCCCGCGGGAUGAUGAUAAAUGAUGGGUUGCACCAGAUAGAACCACCCCACCCCAGACAAGGCCAGGCAGAGGGGGUGUUGUUGCUUGGUGUAAAAUCAGGGCGCGUGUUAAUAUUUGCUAGAUUACUGCGAGCCCUUGGUGCGCGUCGGACACUCCAUAGAGCACACACCAACACCAACACCACCACCAUCUUCGGGGAUGAUGGUUUUGGUCCGGUGAAUCAGCAAAUGCCGCAAAUGCGGGCAAGGAAUGUUGUGCUGUGCUAAGAUAAAUCAGGUUUCAGCAACGAAACAAUCGCUUCAUUUAGCGAACUUCCGAAGCGAAGUUGGUGGUGCCCCUUGGCAAUCGAGUCAUCCUUGGAAAGGAAUGAAGUGCGAGUGCGAAGAGCCUCCAAAUCGUUCCUAAGUGGCACGUGCGACAACGGAAUAAGUAACUUUUCCGACCUACCUGACACCACGUCAAUCACCACGGGAAGGGCUCCCGUGAUUUUCCCGCCGGCACUCAUUAAACUACCGCAGAAUAGCCCAAAAGUUCGCCGAAAAGCAACGCCCUCCCUCGAAGCCGGCGAUUGGCGUUAAGUUCCUCCAACACUACUAGUAGCACACACAGCCAACUGGGAUUGAUUUUUUGGCACGCAAAACUAAUAAAAACUCAUUGCUCAACUUUUGCACCGGCGAGUACCGCCCCCUAUAAACAUGCUCCACAAAGCCGUUUGCAUGGCGUGCAGCUGUUCUGGCACUUCUUCUAUCGGUGGUGCUAAAACUUAUCUUCGGGCGGUACCACCAGGACAUAGGCUUGCGGUGGUGGUGCUGUUGUUGUUUAUUGCGCCUUUGCGUUGGAAGAGUUUUGUUUUUAGUUUUUCCUUCCUCGCUGCUAUUAAACGGCGCACCCGGCAACCGUCCCCCGGGCGAAAGGGAUCGGGGGGCGUAAGAACAGAGGUGUCGGAAAAGUUGUGCGGCCUGCCAGGUGUCGAACGGUGUUCACAUCAACCUCGUGACCUACCUAAAAGGCACGUUGAGACCGUUGUACUCGAUUUGGAGUUGCAACUGCAAGGAUUGGAGCUUUUAGGGAUAGUUCCAUUCGUUAGUUGGUGAGUUUCCACCGUAGAGGAAGGUUCUCGCUAUCCAGACGGUACCACUACUACUACGACUACCACCAUCCCGAUACUACACACAGGAUGGCUGUUUGGGGGAAAGUGAAAAUUGCCAGUACCACCACCACCUCCAAAGCUCCGCUGGCGCGCACUCCAAGCAAAGCCGGUUCAUUGUUCAGCGAAACGCUAACGGCCGCCCUGGGGAAGCGGAAGAGCAAGUUCAAGGAUAUUACCGACGAGCUGAACCAGCACAUCAACGCCGAGGAGCGGGAGGAGCUGUACCAACGGCCCCUGUUCAACGCGGACAAGAUCCGGCGCAUGAUGGAGCGCAUCGUGGAGAAGCAGUUCGAUGUGGACGAGGAGGAGAUGCGCUACGUGUACAAUCCGGCCAAAAAUCUCAAGAUGUGCCAGAACAUCUCCAAACAGAUCAAGGAUCGGAUGAAAGCGAUGAACUUUAAGCGACACCGUAUUAUCAGCAUCGCAACGAUAGUGGAAAAGCAGCAGCAAGGAAUACACUACAAAAUGAAGUACAUCCUCGAUCCGAAGCUGGACGACUACGUGCGUUUGUAUCACGAAACGCCUCACUUUUACAUCAUCGCCACAGUGCUGCUUGUCCACAAGGAUUAAGAUGGGAGGACGCGGG